GAAGUCUGCGGGGUGCUCGUCUAAGUCUCUGGGCAAAGCCUGCCAGAGGCACAAGAAGUGGGUCGGUUCCUGGACAUGCCCGGUGGAAGGAGGGGACCCAGCCGGCAGCAGCUGAGCCGUUCCGCUUUGCCUUCUCUUCAGACGUUGGUUGGUGGGAACUGCGGCAACGGCACCGGCCUGAGAAACAGGAAUGGCAGCACAAUUAGCCUGUCUGCCCCUCCCAUCACUGCCUUGAUCACCCCGGAGCCGGUGCGCCAUUGCCGAAUCCCCGAGCUGCCCGUGGACGGGAACCUUCUCUUCGAGUUCCUCUUCUUCAUCUACUUGCUGGUGGCCCUUUUUAUUCAGUAUAUCAAUAUCUACAAGACCGUCUGGUGGUACCCGUACAACCACCCUGCCUCCUGCACAUCACUGAACUUCCACCUCAUCGACUACCACCUGGCGGCAUUCAUCACGGUGAUGCUGGCGCGGAGGCUGGUUUGGGCCCUCGUCUCUGAGGCCUCGCAAGUGGGGGGGACGUCCGUGAUCCACUGCCGGGCGCUGGUUCUGGCCCGCCUGGUGCUCCUCACCCUGUAUGGCUGGGUGCUCUGCUGGACGCUGGUCAACCUCUUCCGCAGCCACUCUGUCCUCAACCUCCUCUUCCUCGGCUACCCGUUCGGCGUCUACGUCCCACUGUGCUGCUUCCACCAGGAGAGCAGGACGCAGCCUCUUCCUCCGGACUGUGACUAUUUGGUGGAGGACCAGCUGGUGGACGCGGGCGUCUCGGGGGUCAGCGGCCUCGUCAGGCCCAGAGACUUUCUCUCCCUCCUGCGGGAGUCCCUGAAAGAACAGUUCAAAUACCCCCUGCCCGUCCCGACACACAGCUGCCCCUUGUCCCCCGACCUCAUCCGCAACGAGGUGGAGUGUCUGAAGGCCAUCUUCAACCGCCGGAUCAAGGAGGUUCUCUUCAAUUCCCUCUUCAGUGCCUACUACGUGGCCUUCCUGCCGCUGUGCUUUGUGAAGAGCACCCAGUACUACGACAUGCGCUGGUCCUGCGAGCACCUGAUCAUGGUGUGGAUCAACGCCUUUGUCAUGCUCACCACGCAGCUGCUCCCUCCCAAGUACUGCGACCUGCUGCACAGAUCGGCCGCCCACCUGGGCAAGUGGCAGAAGCUGGAGCACGGCUCGUACAGCAAUGCCCCCCAGCACAUCUGGUCUGAGAGCACAAUAUGGCCCCAGGGGGUGCUGGUGCGGCACAGCCGGUGUCUGUACAAAGCAGUCGGGCCUUACAAUGUAGCAGUGCCUUCCGAUGUCUCCCACGCCCGCUUCUAUUUCCUGUUCCACCGGCCGUUACGGCUCCUGAAUCUGCUCAUCCUCAUCGAGGGCAGCGUGGUCUGCUACCAGCUCUACUCCCUCUUGCGCUCAGAGAAGUGGAACCACACGCUCUCCAUGGCCCUGAUCCUAUUCUGCAACUAUUAUGUCUUAUUUAAACUCUUGCGGGACCGGAUAGUAUUGGGCAGGGCGUAUUCGUAUCCUCUCAACAGCUACGGGCUAAAGGCCCAUUAAUCAUUGGAGGGACGGGAAGGCUAUUUUCAUACAGUUCUAUUUUUUUUCUCCUUGCAAUUGUUUAUAAAUAUUUAAGAAAAUGUUUUAUAUUUUGUAUACUACUGUUUUUUUUGUGGGGUGGGAAAGGGCCAAGUGGCAAUUAUAUGUCGCUUUAUAAACAAGGUGUUAUUUUAUAUCGAGAAAUCAUUGUGUAUAUACUGCAUUAUCUACAUAUAUCUAUGUGAAGCAAGAGCCCUGUAUGUGUGGUUACUCCAUCUGCUUUAAAUGCACAAGAUGAGCUCCCUGGUCUCCCCCUCUCUGCUACAGAAUGCAGGAACUAAUUCUCCAGGCCAGGCAUUUCAAACUUUUUCAGUCUGUGGGGACCACUGCAAUCCUAUUGCCCUACGUAUUGGCACUUUCCAGCUCU